AUGGCUGAUCGGGUGAAGCAAGUUGCUGCCGAAGAGGCAGACCACGUUCGAAAGAUGACCCGCGAGGCUGUGAAGUCGCGGGCCUACCUCUAUCCCAUCAAGGGUAUUUUCUACUUUCUCUCUCAUAAAGAUUUGUGGAAACCAUUGACUUCCAAACUGGGUCCGACGAUCACGCUGAGUAUCGGGGUGACCACGUUCAUGUUCCUCGUGGCGUACGUGCCUCAAGCAGCCGUCAUGGCGUUCACUUCUGGGCCUGUCGCCGCGAUUACAGCGGCCUUACUUACUCUCAGCGAGAGUUCAACCCUCAUCAACCUCCUCUCGAGAACCUUUUUGAUCGAAGAGGCGUUGAUCGACACCUUUGACGGCACCCUCCUUUCUCGAGAUUGCACCAAUCUAGUUGAGGAAGGCAGGCAAAUAAAAGCUGGAGGGGAUAACAUUGCCAGACUGGGAAAGCUGCUCAAACGUCCAUUCGCCAAGUUCACACCCAAUGCCAUCAUCCGAUACCUCAUCUACCUGCCACUCAACUUCAUUCCCGUAGUUGGCACUCUUGUUUUCAUAGUCCUUCAAGGCAAACGAGCAGGGCCAGCCGCGCAUACACGAUACUUUCAGCUCAAGGAGUGGAACAAGAGACAGAGCGAGAUGCAUAUCGCGGAACACCGCGGAGCAUAUACCGCAUUUGGAGUGGCUGCUUUUUUGCUCGAGAUGAUCCCCUUUGCAAAUCUCAUCUUCGCAUUCACAAAUACUGUGGCAGCAGCUCUAUGGGCUGCAGAUAUCGAGAAGAAUGCCACCACAGCCCCAAAUGUCCGGGAGCUGGCCAAGAAGGCCGAGUGA